AAUUAAACAUAUCGGGAUUCGUAAUAACCAAUAAUUUAUGGGGUCAAGAAACAGAAAAAUACCAUCCCUGUAAGCCAAUGAUUUAACGUUUAUAAUUUUCACCGCUUAUGAUCUGGCCAGCAGGUUAAACAUAGCCUAUUAUUCUAAAGCACAAUCAAGCCAAUACAUAUUUUAAACGGAAGAGAACGUGUAGUCUAAUCAACUUCAUUAAAAACUGUUUAGUCGUUAUUAAUUUAUACAGUAGGCUGAGGGAAAUUAUGUGUAGGCCCUGCAUGUAAGUCUAUUUAGAAACAUCGUGCAAUAAAGAAAAGAGAGUAACGUAAAAGCAUUUUUAUUACUUAGAUCUAGAUCUGGUAAGGAAAUAGCAGUUAAAGUCAGGUUGAAGCACUUUCAAACACUUUACACAAACAAAUGCUAUGAGUUGGCGAGCACGAUAAUUAUUUUUGUUUUCCAUUUCAUUGUUGGAGCAAUUGGAGUGGGGUGGUAUCGAUAUUUAAAAUAUCCGUCAAAUUAUGCGAGCUCUUUUGCAGACGAGAUCAUUGUUGUCCAUUCACCGUGGGAAACAGUAACAAACAAUAUGGCGGAAUGUAGUUUCGGUAUGGAAUCUUGACACUUAAAAUACUGGUCACUUAAGUUCCAUCUUUGCUUUGACGUGCAAACAAAUAGAAUAAACAAUGGAUGACUUGAAUGUUUGGGCGAAACCGCCCCGUCCUGUCUUGAGUGGACUUAAUGGAAGGCCUAGAACGUCAAAUGUCCGAUACACUUGGACUGGUCCUAUCGACCCUCAGCUGUAUGGAGAUGGUUUGAAACAACUCACUCGAAACACAGACAGAAACCUGUCAAGAUUGGAGAAGGAGAAAAAGGAAAUACUGCCAAGUAAACAGCGACAUCUUGGUGGACCAGCACAGCCACCAUUUGUGGCGUCAUCCUGGCAUGACUCUACAGUCAUGUUUGCACCUUGGGGGACUCUGAGUACAACAUCGAGGAAGUCGUCUUUAGCUGAUGAUGCCUCCACUGUUUCCUCUAUCUCAGGUGCAACAAACUUUUGCUACUUGUGUUCCACCUUAGAAGAGCAUCAAAUGCAUCUGAUGAGAACUAGAAUACCAAAGAAAGUUGUGGUGAAGAAGCCACGCAUAGUCUAUCGUGCCCCAGUACCCAAAGUCAAGCCCAAAAUUGAAGAACCAAAAGAAAUUUUGGACUGGAGGUACAAGGUGGUCGUUUGGACUGGUGACGUUCCUGGGGCAACAACAGACGCAAAUGUGUAUAUAUCUUUGAAAGGAGAUCUGAACUUCCUGUAUAAGGCAAGACUUUGUCGCGGUAACCACACUCAAAAGUUUUGUUUCUGUCGUGGCUCGAGAGAGACUUUCUUCAUCAAGUCCCCACGUCUAGGAAAUUUGGAAAUUCUUUCAAUUGAGCAUGAUGGGCUAGAGAAGCGUCACAGCUGGUACUGUGAGAAGGUGGAGAUUACUUGUAUGAAGACUCACCGACAGUGGGUGUUCACCUGCAAGAAUUGGCUCUCACUGCAUCAUGGAGACUAUAGCAUCAGGAGAGAUUUGCUUGCCAACCAAGUGGAGAGAACGUCAAAUGAAUAUGAGCUGACUGUAGUCACAGGAACUAAGCGUAUGGCUGGCACAGAUGCCAACGUUUUCGUCACUUUUCAUGGUACAGACGGGUUCUCUCCAAAGAUCAAACUGACAGCAGAUGGUCAGAGACAAGUUAAGAACUUGUUUGAAAAAGGAAGCCAAGACAAAUUCCAUUUAGCCUUCAAAGAUAUUGGAGAAAUAAGGACUGUGAGAGUUGAGCAUGACGGCAAGGGCCUUGCAGCAGGGUGGUUUUUGGACAGGAUGAUACUACAAAACAUCAAACAACCCAGCAUCAUCUACUACUUCCUGCUCAACGGGUGGCUGGCCAAAGACGUCGGGGACGGACACCUGUGGAGGGAGAUCAGGGCAAAGAAAAAGCUUGCUAAAGAAAUUACCACAGCGAAGGGACGCAGAGUGGUGGUGAUACAAGGAAAACCUGUCAGUUAUCAAGUAACAGUACGCACUGGGGAUGUUCGCUACGCAGGGACGGACGCAAAUGUCUACAUCAUCAUCCACGGGAAGAAAGGCAAGACAAAGAAAUUGUUCAUGGACGACACUAGAGACAAUUUUGAGAGGGGUCAAACAGAAGUCUUUGAGGUGACUGCCCUGGACACAGGAGAGAUCACGAGGAUUCAGAUUGGGCACGACAACUCAGGGCCUGGUGCUGGGUGGUUCUGUGAAGAUAUCAAAAUCAAAAAGUUUUUGAACAGAGAAAAUGUUGUGGAGUUUUUGAAAAACCUCAAGAAGAAGAAAAAACCAAAGAAGAAGCACAAGAAACGCCUGUCAGACAAACUGAAGGAAAGAGCGCUAGCAGACAUACCAGAAGACGUCACUGAGGAUGAGGAGAGUGAGUCGGAGGAUGAUGACAAGGAGGGAAGUUACAGAAACGUCUUUGAUCGAGAGGGAAAAGUUGUCAAGGUCCCAGUCUAUGAAGAGUACUUCUUUGUGUGCAAGAACUGGCUGGCCACUGAUGAAGCUGAUGGCCUGAUUGAGCGAGAGCUGGAAGUGAAGAAGCAGUCAACAUUUUUCCAAGACAGAGACUGGCAAUCUACUUAACAAAUUAUAGUUUUUUAAUGGGGGGUUUUUGUGAUGCUUUUAUUUUCAAAUGUGCAUUUCAACACUGUUCAGCACAUGAAUUACUUAUUGUAAAUGUCAAUGACAGUAUUCUUUGACCAUGGCAAAUGUAUAAAACUUAAAACUCAAAGCUAGUCUGUGAAUUCAUUAUGCCAAAUAACUUGACAUGCUCAUCAAAAUGUAUGUAUGGAAAUGUUUCUGAAAACAUUUGAAAGUUUGCUGUAGUCAAGAACUUGUAAGUGGGCAUUGUUUCUAUUUUUCUCCCUUUUAGAGAGUUCUUUAUUUAAACUGUUUUUAAAAAAAACAACUGUCAAACACUGUAUAAGACAGAUAAAUAUUUAUAUUUGUGCCUUUUAUCAUGAUCUCACUGUGAUCCACUUUCUGAAGCUCCCACAGUGGGCGGUUAGAAGGUGCCGCUGGUGGAAGGUGCUACUUCUUUACCGUUGUUUCUAUCUUUGGUCUUGCUCUGUCCUAGCACUAAAAAUGCUUUGAUGAAGUUGAUGUUCUUCUCCUUACUCAAACUAAAAGACAUUGCCUUCUAUUCUACUAUAUUUGAAGAAGUACAACUAUUCCCCAUCCUCU